UAGUACAGCAAAUAGUUGUGUGCGAGGUGCAGACUUUUAUAAACUCGGAAAAACUACUCUCAUAAUGACAGCUACUGGUGUUGAUGCAUCACGUGAUUUUUUACGUGCUGCACAGCGGGGUGAUUUAGAUAAAUUAAAAGAGCUAUCAUACCGAUGCGAAAUCCAAGACUGGACUGUUUAUCGUCACGGUAGUAGCGGCGAUACGGCGCUACACGUAGCGGCGCGAGAGGGCCAUUUGGAAAUUGCCAAGUACUUGUGCAACGACUGGUCAUAUCCGGCAUUCAAAGUUGAUGUUACUAAUAAAGAUAUGAAACGACCACUCCACGAUGCAUCUCAGUUUGCACACUGUGAUAUUGUUGAAUUUUUAAUUGGCCAAGGAGCGGAAGUGGAUGCACUAAAACGCGCCGAUUGGACGCCUCUAAUGUUGGCAUGCACUAAGGGCGGUCCGGAAGCUGAAAUAAGUGUCAAUGCAUUGUUAAAAGCAGGAGCUAAUCCAAUAAUGAGGAACAAGGAUGGAUGGACACCGUUAUUAUUAGCCUGCCGCUCUGGUGAUGUGGUCAUCAUAAAAACAUUACUACAGUUACCAUCAGUUGUGGCCACAACGGCCAGUAAUAACGGUCGAACUGCUUUGCAUAUCGCUGCUUUCCACGGAUGUGUCGACGCACUCAGGGUUCUGCUGAGUGCUGAGCCUCGACUGAUCGGUAUUUGCGAUUCCUCUGGUUCAACACCACUCCACGAGUCCGUUAAGUCUCAGCGAUUUCCGGCAUUUCAGUAUUUAAUCAAUUUUGGAGCGGAUAUUCAAAGAAUUGACGCCGUUGGACAGACGAUUUUGCACGUUGCUGCGACAGUCGGUAAUUGCGCAGUUGUUCAAUACAUUAUUGAGAAUAAAGUAAUUGAUUUUCGAUGGCGUGAUAAUUAUGGAGCUACUCCAUUGACUUGCGCUCAGAGAAGUAGAAUGGAUUGUGUAGUGGGUUUGUUACGGAAAUGUGAAGAACACAGUAUCUGAUAUGAAAUAAAUAUUUUUUAAUAGCCAUUUUGAA